AUGCCACCCAAGCACCAUCACGAUCACGAUCAUGGCCCAGGAGGCCGAGGCCGAGGACGCGGACACGGACCUGACCAUGGACCUGGCCGCGGCCGAGGACGUGGACGUGGACACCAUGAUCACCACGACCAUCAUCAUGAUCACCACCAUCCUCCUCAUCACGACGAACAACAAGCAGCUGCUGCCGCUGGCGGAGGAACUACUACCCAUACUGCACAUGCCUAUGCCAAGCCUGAAGACCAACCUGAAGAGGCGGGAGGCAUGUCCACCGCUGGCAAGGUCGGUCUUGGUCUUGGUGUUGCCGGUUUGGCCGCUGGUGGUAUGUACGCUGCCAACCAGUACAUGAAGAAAAAGAAGGAGGGUCAGAAGGUCAAAACGGAAGGCGAUGAUGAUGAAACCGCAACUGCUGUUACUACCCAAGAGUAA